AUGACAAUACGGAAAGAAGACAGACCUUUGACGACGUUUAGAUGUCACAUGGGAACAUACCAGUACACGGUAUUACCAUUCGGAAUCGGCACGGCCCCAGCAGAGUGGCAGAUUUACAUCGAAAAUGUACUGUGGGAAUUUCUUGGUAACAAUGUUACGAUACACUUGGACGAUAUUUUGGUUUUCUCCGACAACGAACAGGAACAUGACAGGAUUUGUCAAGGCAUUGAGACACGCCUGAGGCAGAACGGCUUGGCUUUGAAAGAAAGGAAAUGCCAGCGAAAAGUACGAGAAGUUGUUUAUUGCGGCCAUCGAUACAGUUACAACAGAUGCAGCCCGGUUAUCUCCGAUGGAACGAUACGCAACUGGCCGAAACCGAGGAAUAAGACAGAACUUCGGAAGUUUUUGGGCGUGGUUAACUUUUUCCGUGAUUACAUACCGAUGUUGGCCCACCACGCGACCCCGCUUUACGACGCCACAAAGCAAGACGGAAAAUGGACUUGGCGCCAAGACUUGGCAUUUGAGAAUGUGAAACGAUUGGAGCAACGGAUGCUCGACACAGCCUACUUCGACCCCACCAGAAAGUGCACUUUGAGAACGGACGCGUCAUCAUUUGCAAUCGGUGCCCAACUUAUGCAAGGCGGCCUAACUUGCGCGAUUAUUUCCCGGCGCCUGACCCCACCUGAACGCAACUACACCGUCACCGAACGAGAACUUUUGGCAGUGAUCUACGCACUAGAGAAAUGGUUUCCCCUUUUGGAAGGAUCUCCGGGCAUACGUGUACAGACUGAUCACAAGAACCUUGCUUACGAACUAAAGGAAAGCAUGACGAAUCGAAGGAUGAACAGAUGGAUUUUAUUCGCUGGACGCUUUAGGCUGACGUGGUCAUACCUCCCUGGCGAGCAGAACAGCGCAGAUGGUUUCUCUAGAAGGCCGGACUACAAGAAGAUAAAAGGGGGGGGAGGGAACAGAUAG